UUGAUCUCUUCUUCUUCUUCUUCUCAUUCUUCUCUUUCUUUUUUAUUAUUGAUUUUGACACAUUAAAAACAUCAUCAAAACAGCGGCUCUCUUCUUUUUAUUCAAAGCUUGGGUUUCUCUGCAAAAGGGAAUCAACCAACCCACAUCGAUUUUGGACUCAACUGGUCUCUCUUUUUCUCUGCUGCUUCGUCUUAUUCUUCAAAGCAUGGGUUUUCAGCUAAACGAAACCAACCCUGAUCGGUUUUGGACUCCAUUAAUAUAACCCAUCAAGUUGAGAAAUCUGAGGGUGGAUUUGAUUAUUACAAAGUAUAGGAAAACCAAGUACUCAAAGAGGACUCUUGGUGUCUCUACAGCAAUCCGUAUUGAGUUUCUUCUUCUUUUUAUAUGCUAUUAAGGAGAGAAGUCCCAAGUAAAAAGAUCGUGUGGGUUUUAGAUUUUGAAGUCUUAGGUUUCUGGAGAUGGCUAGUGUCCAAGAUCAACUAGAAAUCAAGUUUAGACUGACCGAUGGAUCGGAUAUCGGGCCUAAAUCCUUUCCUGCUGCAACCACUGUUGCAACCUUGAAGGAAAGUGUUAUUGCUCAAUGGCCUAAAGAGAAGGAGAAUGGUCCAAGUACAAUGAGAGAUGUGAAGCUCAUUAGUGCAGGAAAAAUAUUGGAGAACGACAAAACAUUGGGAGAGUGCCAGAGCCCUAUUUGUGAUGUUCAACCUCCUGUGGAGAAAGAAAAGAAAGAAAUAAACCAAUCGAAGCAGAACAAAUGCAUGUGUGUCAUAUUAUAAUCUGCGGUUUGAUUAGGAACGACAUGAUUUUCAGGUGAUGAAGAGUGCCAGAACCGGUAUAGAAAAUGAAGUAGCAGACUUUUGGAUUGAGGAUGGCGAUUGGUGUUUUUUCUUUCUUCUGCUGGUCUAUUCAUUAUAUGUGUAAUCGAUGAUUGCCCGUCCACUUAGUUCUCUCAGUUGUUUUCACAUAAAUUAGACUUGAAUCUCAGAUUUCAUGCCCAAAUACGUCUCAUCUGAUGGGUUCUCCGGAACUUCUUGUUUUGGAGCUCGACAUCCCUUGUAUAAUAUUGUUGUUUUAAUCAUGUAACUUUGACUCGGGACUCAAAUUCGUGUUGUUCAUAAUUUUACCAAGAAUAAAUGCUGUUAGAGUUGCUACUGUUC